AAGAAGAUAUUAGUGAGCAGCCAGAGAUAACUCCUUAUCUUAUUAAUAGCAAGUCUAGUGAUACUUCCAGAGGAGGAAGUAGUAAAAUAAUUCAAGAAAAAGAGCCAACAGAAGGCAACCAGAAAAAGGAUAUUAAAGAGAAUCAAGAAUCAGAGGAGGAAUAUGAAGAUAUAGAUUCAAAUUCCACAAUUUCAGAUCAAGAAGAAGGCUACAAAACAGAAGAAAGCCUGGCAAAAAGAUUAAAGGAAUUUGAAAGUAAGAACAAAAUAAAUCAAAAACCUAUUACACCAAACUAUAUUGAUUCAGACCAAGAAUCAGAUACAGAAAGACUGCACAUAAAAAACAUACCAAGCAGUGAAGAGGCACAAAUGUAA